AUGUCUUCAGUCACUGUCACUGGAUCCAACUACGAGAAAGAAUCCACUCCCAUAGUUAGUAAGAGAAAUGGCAAUAUUGCAGGCUUCAGUAGAAGGACUACUACUGAAGGUUUGAUCGCCAAGGAUACUCUGGCCAAUGAUUUCAAAGUGCCUGAUUAUACUAUAAAGGAUAUUCUUUCUGUCAUCCCAAAAGAAUGCUAUGAAAGAUCCUGGUACAAAGGAAUGGCAUACAUUUUCAGGGAUAUUCUCUGUUGCGUUCUCUUUGGAUAUGCGGCCACCACCUUGAUUCCUCAGGUGCCAAGUCAGAUGCUGAGAGGCUUUCUUUGGACUGGAUAUUCUCUUCUUUUGUCUCUUCCUUACACUGGCCUCUGGGUUAUUGCUCAUGAGUGUGGUCACCAGGCGUUCUCUCCUUAUGGCUUAUUGAAUGAUACUGUAGGUUGGAUCUUACAUUCUUACUUGCUGGUUCCCUAUUUCUCGUGGAAAUAUUCCCAUAGUAAGCACCACAAGGCUACCGGCAACAUUGAUAGAGAUAUGGUCUAUGUUCCCUCCACCAAAGAUGAAUUUGUUAAGAGCAGAGGUGCCAUUAAUUUUUCGGAUAUCGCAGUAGACGCUCCUAUUCUGACUUUGUACACUAUGUUUCUCCAACAAUUUGGUGGUUGGUGGUGGCACCUCCUUUCCAAUGCCUCUGGUCAGAAAUAUCCUGAUCAUGGCAAGUUUGAGGUCUCUCAUUUCAAUCCUAGUUCUCCUAUUUUUGAAAAACGAGACUAUUGGUACAUUGUUUUAUCCGAUAUUGGUAUGUUAUGUCAAUCUUUCGUUUUGUACCAGUGGGUUUCCCGUUUCGGUUUCUUCACCUGCUUCAUUCAUUGGUUUUUGCCUUACAUUUUUACAAAUCACUGGUUGGUUUUCAUCACUUACUUGCAGCACACUGAUAUGAGUUUACCUCACUAUGAAAAUUCUGAGUGGACUUUCGCUAGAGGUGCAGCUGCUACCAUUGACAGAAACUUUGGUUUCAUCGGUCCUUUCUUUUUCCAUGACAUCAUUGAGACGCACGUCUUGCACCAUUAUUGCUCUAGAAUUCCUUUCUAUAAUGCUAGAAUUGGCACCAAAGCUAUCAAGAAAGUUAUGGGCGAAUAUUAUAGAUCGUCAGAUGAGAAUAUGUGGAAAUCUUUGUGGAAAGCUUUCAGAUAUUGUGAGUUUGUUGAAGGUGAUAAUGGUGUCCUUAUGUUUAGAAAUCACAACGGCUGUGGUGUUCCCGUCAAUGAUUAG